AUUGAUCGAAGAAGAGCUAUUCUGAAGAUCCGACAAAAUGGCUCCAAGAUCCGAUUCGCAAAACUUAGCAACCGGCUCCGGUGUAUCGGACGGUUCAGAUCAAUCCUCAAUCGAUCCUAUAUUCCACCUUCUCCGAAUCCUCCCGUUCUCAUUUCUCCGACCACCACGUCUCCGUCUCAAGAUCCCAUCGUUCACGCUUCCUUCUCCGAUGACUGUAUACGCUCUGAUCCUCCUCACGUACUUCCUCGUCGUAGCAGGUUUCGUGUACGACGUCAUCGUCGAGCCUCCGGGUAUUGGAUCGACUCAGGAUCCGGUUACUGGAACUAUACGACCAGUGGUGUUUAUGUCGGGCCGGGUUAACGGGCAAUACAUUAUUGAAGGUCUCUCAUCUGGAUUCAUGUUUGUUCUUGGUGGGAUUGGGAUCGUUAUGCUUGAUUUAGCUCUUGACAAGAACAAAGCUAAGAGUGUGAAAGCUUCUUAUGCUGUUGCUGGAGUCUCCUCAGUUGUGAUCGCGUAUGUCAUGAGUAUGCUCUUCAUCAGGAUUAAGAUUCCUGGUUAUCUUCAUUAGGGUUUUAGAUUAGUUCAAUUCUGUAAUGAGAACUUGAGUUAUAGGCUCUAUAUGUGCAUUGUGACUUGUUUGAACGCAGUCCUGUAUUUACAGAUUUGAAGAAUGUAUCUUUGAAUUUGAAUCAAA